AGUUUUCUAUCCAGCAUUGAAUGAGUUUCAACAUGUUCUCUUUGUGGAAUUGGCUGUCCUGCCUGGCUAGCUAGCAGCCAGCUAAUCGGACUUACCUAUUUCGUAAUGUUUCUACAGUAAUUCUCAUGGACUGUGCUGUACUACUCUCCAGGCGUAAAUCUGAUACUUAUUUUGUAAUCGAAUGGCUUGCAAAUGACCCCAUAUCAAACUACGGCGCUUGAUCCGCCACUGAUCGCAAUCUCAUCUAACCUUGUUGCGACGGAUCAGGAUCUGCAGCCAAUCAUAUUAUCGCUAAUGGUAAGAAAGCGCCCGAUAUCGCACGUGAUGGAGAAUGGAUACCUCAUCCGCCGUUGUCGUUGGAGGAGAGUUGACAUGAUGGGAUUCCCCAAGGGUCAUCUUUAUUCCAUUUCCAUUAUUCACACCAAGUCUGGCGUCAGAGCCCCAAAAAUUUCCUCGAUCCUGGACAUAACGCUCAAUUCGCCACUUGCGUGGUCCCUUCCUUCGUAUUACUUUUGUCUCAUUUUUAGGCGUCAACCGCUCCGUCUCUCGCUAUCUCUGAUCCGUCCAGCUUGGGAGGAUCUGAUAAGACCAUCUGGUGGAAUCUCACCUGAGGUCGCUAAUCCCCCCAAAGUCCGACUCGCAUCCCCUCAUUGGCCAGCCCUUCUAAGACUCAACCAAGUCAACCUGCUUUUCCUUGCGCAGCGCUUCAUGCCCUCAUAAUCAAAGACGUACCGAAGUUGACGACAGGGAAGAAGGAGAAGAAAAAGGGACAAAAGAAAACAACAACAACAAUUUCAGAAAAUGACUGGUGUGGUGACUGCGCGUGGCCAAGCCGAAGCGCUCCCCGCCAACCUAGCGCCACCCCCUGCUCCUCCGAAUCGACAACCUUCAAAGGAGGAUCUCGAGCUUGCCGGUCAACUUGUCGAUCACGCUCAGGGUCGGCGUAGUGGUGCGAAUGUAGAAGGCAGUGG